AUGUCGAAGAGAUCAGCUUCAAUCGAAGAACUAGAAGAUGGACAGGGGCGGGUAGUCCAAUCCAAAACAGAUCUUCACACAGUGCCUGUGGCAGGCGGAGAGGAUGAAGACGUCGAUAUGCACGAUGAAGAGAUGGGGGAAUUUGAAGAUCCGUAUGGCGACGACUUCGACAGCGAGGGCGAGAUCAUUCAGGUGGAUGAUGAUGCCGACGGAGAUGACGAUGCCAUGGACGACGAGGAGUACCUGGAGCAGAAGCAACAGCAGGCCGAGAACAUGGUUGAAAAUGACAAAGGCGCUGAUACAAAGGAAGGGCAGCUGUACCUGCCACACAUGUCGCAGCCCCUAGGACCUGACGAGGUGCUGCAGGCAGAUCCUACUGUUUAUGAGAUGCUUCACAAUGUCAAUCUUCCAUGGCCAUGCAUGACGCUGGAUCUGAUCCCGGAUAACCUUGGGUCUGAGCGGAGAAAUUACCCACAGUCGAUUCUGAUGACUACGGCCACGCAGGCAUCCAAGAAGAAAGACAACGAGCUGCUUGUGCUAAAGUUAUCUCAAUUGGCGAAAACCCUUGCGAAGGAUGAGGACGACGGUGCGGAGGACGACGAAGAUGACGAGGACGAGGACGCCGAUCCGAUUAUCGAGAACGAAAAUAUCAAGCUACGUGACACAACGAACCGAAUGCAGGUAUCCCCGUUCGCCGCUGAAUCACAGGAAGUUUUGGCCGCUACCAUGAGCGAAAACGGUGAGGCACAUAUAUUUGACCUUGGACCUCAAGUAAAGGCAUUCAGCUCGCCAGGUUACCAGGUCCCUAAAGCUGCGCAAAGACCACAGUACACUAUCAAAAAUCAUGGGAAUGUCGAGGGCUAUGGACUAGACUGGUCGCCUUUGAUCAAAACUGGCGCUCUCUUGACCGGAGACUGCUCCGGAAGGGUAUUUUUGACCCAGAGAACUUCCUCCAAAUGGAUUACCGACAAGCAGCCAUUCACUGUCGACAAUAAUAAGUCCAUCGAGGACAUAAAGUGGUCUCCAAGUGAAAAUACCGUAUUUGCCACGUGCGGUGUGGACGGCCAUGUCCGCAUAUGGGACAUACGGUCUAAAAAGCACAAGCCAGCGCUAUCUGUUAAGGUUUCAGACACAGAUGUGAAUGUCAUGAGCUGGAACCAGAAGAUCAGCUACUUGCUUGCUACUGGUGAUGACAACGGCACAUGGGGUGUGUGGGACUUGAGGCAAUUCUCGAACCAGCAGGGAGGUGUGUCUCCAGUUGCACAGUACGAUUUCCACAAGGGUGCCAUUACCUCGAUAAGUUUCAACCCAUUGGAUGAAUCUAUCAUUGCAGUUGCAUCUGAAGACAACACCGUGACCCUUUGGGACUUGUCUGUCGAAGCCGACGACGAAGAAAUCAAGCAGCAAGCGGCAGAGGUCAAGGAACUUCAACAGAUUCCACCUCAGCUGCUAUUUGUACACUGGCAAAAGGAGGUGAAGGACGUGAAAUGGCAUAAGCAGAUCCCUGGCUGUCUAGUCAGCACAGGCACCGACGGUUUGAACGUUUGGAAAACUAUCAGUGUCUGA